UGUGUUUCUCGUCGAGCAUCAAUCACCAGCCCCUGCUCCUCUUCCUCCUUGAUCCCGUUCGACAGCUACAAGGAGCGUGAACAUCACAAUGGUGGAUGCUGCGGCUAGCUCGUCGUCGAUGGCCAACCACGAGCGACCGGGCGCGCAUACCCAGCGCUACGACCGGCAGCUGCGUCUGUGGGCUUCCUCGGGCCAGAAGUCGCUCGAGUCAGCUCACGUCCUCUGUAUUGGGGGCUCCUACCUCUCUGCAUGUGUAUUGAAGAACCUGGUCCUGCCUGGCAUCGGCGCAUUCACGAUCCUCGAUGGCCAGAAUGUGACGGACUUCGACGUGGGGAACAACUUCUUCAUCGAGCCUGACUCCAAGGGAAAAAGCAGGGCAGAGGAGGAGAUCAAGACUUUGUGCGAGCUCAAUCCCAGCGUAAAGGGCUACGCUAUCCACGAGGAUCCAAAGGAGUUCGUGAAGAGAGCAAAGGAGGCACUGGCCUCUGGUACCUACUCGCUCGUCGUAGCGACCAACCAGGCGCCCGAUGUCCUUUUGCCGCUCUCUGACACGGCUUGGGAGGCGAAUGUACCGCUCAUGGCGGUUCGAGGUGCUGGUCUGGUGGGCGAAGUGAGGGUGCAGGUCAAAGAGCUUGGAAUCAUCGAGACGCACCCGGAAAAUACAAUCGAUCUGCGCUUGACGUCUCCUUGGCCAACACUGAAGACAUUCGCCCGCUCGUUCAAUAUCGAGCCGCAAGACUCGAUGGAAUUCAGUCACAUCCCCUUUGUCGUCAUCCUUCUUCGGAAGCUCGAAGAAUGGAAGUCUUCGCAUGGUGGGGCACUCCCAGUGCCUUCCAAGGACCGCAAAGCUUUCAGCGACCUAAUCAACGCCUUUAGAAAGAGAGACAAUCCAGACGCCGAAAACAUCGAUGAGGCAGUCAACGCCCUCGGCCAGCACAUCUGGCGUCCGAUCGCAAAUACAGCAGAUGACCAUGUACCCCAUGACGUAAAGACACUCUUUGCCGAUGACGCCUGCGAACACAUUUCCUCAAAGUCAACAAACUUUUGGAUCUUGAUUCGAGCAUUAAAGAGCUUCGUCCAGGCAUCUUCGACGGAUAGUCCACCGGGCGGCGAUGGUCACUUGCCUCUUCCGGGGUCGCUGCCCGAUAUGAAGGCUCUAUCUGCGACAUACAUCGAGCUCCAAAAGCUCUACAAGGCCAAGUCAUCACAGGACAUCGCUGCACUGAAGCUGCACCUAGCCAAGGUCCUCGCAGAGGCCAAGCUGCCCGACGGCGUCAUCUCUGAUCAGGAGAUUGAGAGCUUUGCAAAGCAUGCGGCCUACCUUCAUCUUGUCCGUGGAAAGAGCAUCAGAGAGAGCCUCAAUUCGCCUGCUCAGGAAGCCAUCGCCAUGGGCUUCAUGGACCCCAUCAACCCCGUCACUAUCCCUCAGCACAUUUCCCUCCUUACGGCCGACGAGUUCUACACGAAGCGCGGCGGCCGAUUCCCUGGUUCGAGCGUCGCAUUCACCCGCUCUAUCACGGGCGCAUCUUUGGGCGACCUAAAGGAGGUAGAGGAAGACGUAGUGAAGAUGAAGCGGGAAUCUGCGGACGAGGCCGACAUGAUCAGCGACUCGGCAGAAGUUUGUGAUCGACUGGGUGUCAAGGACGAUGAGGAACGAGAGAUGGUCUUUGAUGCUUGCAAAGAGUUUGCCAGGUCCGGACAUGGCGAUCUGCCAAGCACAGCGGCGUUCCUCGGUGGCGUGGCGGCGCAGGAGAUCAUCAAAAUUACGACGAGGCAGUACAUUCCCCUCAACAACACCGCCGUCUAUGACGGCAUCAAGCAGACGAUUGGCAUCUUCAAAUUCUGACAGCAUGUAGCCUGCUUUCCACCCUUCAUCCUCCUAGAGAACGAUCUGUACUCGUGCACCGGCGGCGGAUUGUUGAAAGAUGCUGCUGUUGCUGGUGCGCACUCGCUUUAUGAAUUCGUCAUCU